AGUUCUGCUUUGCCAUCUUACAAGUUAGAGGUACUACGGUACUAACUUGGUAUUCUUGCUACUAUGUAUGGGAGUUUACAUUAAUUUCCAAACUCAAGUAUUUGCAUUACCUAAUGAACAAGGUCUUUAAAAAUUGUUAAUCAUAAUUACCAUUUAAAAAAAACAAAUACAUCACACCCAAGUCUGUGGUAAUAGCCAUGCUGCUCUUUCCUGAUACAUCUGCUCCACUGUUUUGGCUGUUCCCUCAGGAACUUUGCUGUGAUGGUGGCUUCAGCUUGACAAACACCAUCAGGUUGCUGCAGCCUUUCUUCUCGCAUUACCGUUUUUUUUUUGGCUAAUCUUUCCCACUCUGGUAUUAUCAGAGAUGAAGUUAGUUAACUUGAGCUAACAGGCAAAUGAUAAUUUGUUUAUUUGAGUCCCCUUGAGGUUUAGGGCGCACUCAACUUAGCCAUCAGUACCAUGCCUGGGCCAGUUUGAGCCUGAAGUCCAGUAUGUUUGACCAGUGUGAGUGCAAUCGUUCCAUGCUUGGAUGCGGCCCCAAGCUUCAUGGCCCUGGCAGAGAAGGACAAGGUGGGCCUUGGAAUGCAAAUGGAGCACAAGCGAACGGAUGUGACGUGCCCUGAAGUAACAACAAAAGGACCCGCUCCAGAGUGCAGCUGCAUGCUCAACAGACACACUGUCCUAAGGAGAGAGGCUGAUAGAGACUGCAGGAUUUUUCUAGAGAGAUGGUCAGUACUGCAUGCCUGAGGAGGGGGUGAAAUUGACACCACGUGGCCAGCUGCUCUCCACCUCAGAAAUACUGACCUUGGCACGCCUCUUCGUUCAUGAGGGAGUGGACAAAAUCCGCCUGACUGGGGGAGAGCCCCUCAUCAGACCUGAUGUGCUUGAAGUCAUUGCAGAGCUGAGGAAGUUGGAGGGCCUAAGAACCAUAGCAGUGACAACGAAUGGCAUGAACUUGGCCAAGCUUCUGCCAAAACUGAAAGAUGCAGGACUGGACCUGAUUAACAUCAGCCUGGAUUCACUGGUGCCUGCCAAGUUUGAGUUCAUAGUGAGAAGGAAAGGGUUCCACAAGGUCAUGGAGGGCAUUGACAAGGCCAUUGAAAUGGGCUACAUCCCUGUCAAGGUGAACUGUGUGGUCAUGCGAGGCCUGAAUGAGGAUGAGCUUCUGGAUUUUGUGGCGCUGACGGAGAAGAAGCCCCUCGAGGUGCGCUUCAUUGAGUACAUGCCCUUUGAUGGCAACAAAUGGAACUUUAAAAAGAUGGUGAGUUACCAGGAGAUGCUUGACUGCAUCAGGCAGCAGUGGCCUGAUCUGAUAAAGCUUCAAACUGAGCCGACAGACACUGCCAAGAUGUUUAAAGUGCCAGACUUCAAAGGUCAGAUUGGCUUCAUCACCUCAAUGUCCGACCAUUUCUGUGGAUCCUGCAACCGAUUACGCAUCACGGCCGAUGGCAACCUCAAGGUGUGCUUGUUCGGGAACUCUGAGGUGUCCUUAAGAGAUGUUUUGCGCUCAGGCUCCUCAGAUGAAGAGCUUCUUCACAUCAUUGGAGCAGCAGUAGGCAGGAAGAAGAAACAACAUGCAGGAAUGUUUAGUAUCUCCCAGAUGAAGAACAGACCUAUGAUCCUCAUUGGUACCAGAAUCCAACGGUCCAUAUCACCCAACAGCCAGAGAGACGUCCCUAAUAUUUCCCUGCAUACAGCUGCUACAGCCCAGUCUGCAAAAACAGACCCUCACACAUGGUGUUCAGUCAGUGGGAGAGUCCUGAGGAGAGGAGAGGAUUUAUUGUGCCUUCCACUCUGCACUGCUUCAGUACGAGAAGCCAUUGUUUGCUCCUCUCAGACUAAAAACAGUCAGGGUAUCCAUGCUAGAUCAGACAUUAACAAAGACAAUAUAAUGGACAGCAUCCCCAGUGUACCAACCAUUCCCGCCUCUGAGGCUGUUGAUGGUCUCAAUUUGUGUAAUUCUGCAAGUUCACCAUCCUUCACAAAUAUGAGGAGUUGCAUAGUUGAAGAUUGUCUCAGGUACACACAUGCCAAGAGUCCGAAGAGCCAAUCAUCUAGGACCCAAGGAACACAUGUUUUUUGCACACUUAUCAACACUAGAAUAAAUGUUCAGCACUUCAACAUAAGACUGUACCAUAAUAGAAGCUCCAGUAAAGACUGUGGGGUCAAACUGGGAGCAGAGCAGAGUGAUCAGAACAGGUCAGACUUAGAUAUCAAAGCCCAGCUGACACACACAGAUGCCCAGGGUCAAGCCUCCAUGGUGGAUGUUGGGGGGAAAAUCCCCACACGGCGAACGGCCACAGCCAGUGCCACUGUCAUCCUGGGCCCAACAGCUUUCUGGCUGCUGCAGGACAACCAGCUAGCUAAGGGUGACGCCCUGGCUGUGGCACAGUUAUCCGGCAUCAUGGCCUCCAAACAGACCUCAGCCCUCAUCCCGCUGUGCCAUCCGCUCCCCUUAGACCACACCUCCAUCACCUUUGACCUGGAUGAGCUGCAGAAGGCUGUGGUCAUCACAGCAGCAUGUUGCACUACGGGCAGGACAGGAGUGGAGAUGGAGGCUCUGACUGCAGUUUCUGUUGCGGCGCUGACCAUCUAUGACAUGUGCAAGGCUGUGAGCCAUGAUAUCAUCAUAACGGAUAUAAACUUGGUCAGUAAAACAGGUGGAAAGAAGGACUUCCAUCGCCAUUCUAUGCCUUCUCCUUCAACAGUAAAUUCUAAUGAAGGAUCCUCAGAAUGAAUUACUUUUGGUCAAUGUGCACCGUUUUUGCUUGAUUUGACAUGCUUUUUUUCCCAAACUGAAGCUAAGAAUCAAAAUGAAGAUCUCUAAACAGCUCCAAACAUCAAGAGACCUCAUAUCUGACAUACAGAGUGCAGCCAGCUAAUGCUGCUUGUCUGUCCUUUGUAGUCUGUAGGGGGCACACAAGUAUGAACUUUAAGUGAAGAGCAGACUGAGAACAGCCUCUGUACUUUUAUACUUUGAAUGUGUUGUAUGUUUUUGAAAAGAUGCAUCGGCCCUUUUGACAAUGUCAGAUAAUGUGAGCAUGAUCAGAUAUCAGUUGCAGAUGUUUUUCUGUUGUGUCCCAACAAUUUAAUGCUGGCAUUUAGCAGACAAAACGGCUGAUUUUGAGAAAUAAGCUAUAAUUGGGUAGAAAAUAUGACCUGUUGGACAAAUUUUUAUCUGUUUUCAUGGUCAAACAUGAGAAAAUGUUGGAAUUGUGGGGUUGUGACAGCAAAAGAAGUAAUUAAAAAAAGCAUUGUUUUUGG